GGUGUCGCGCACUCCUCGUAGAAAGGACGAAACAACCAAAAAAAACAAAGAGGGCAUCUCCAUCGUCCAGUCUUCUCCACUCUCUUUCACAGACAAAAGCUGACACUAUGACAAAAACCCACAACCCCCAUUUUUUAAUUACCACAUAAAACUCCAUUUAUUUUUAUAUUUAACCUAAAAAUCAAAUUUAAUUAAAAAAAAUUAAAAAUAAAGCAACCCAACUCAACCCCAAAUUAUUACAAAAAAAAUUAGAAAAUAAAAAAAGUGAAGAAAGAGAGUGUAAAAGAGAAGUGAAAAGGACCCCACCUUCCCUCUCAAAAGGCACAAUUCCCAAAGUCAUCACCCCUCUUUCUCUCUCUCUCUCCUAAACUCCGUCUUUCUCCCCGGGAAAUAUUUCUCCCCUUUCAUCCAAACAAACCCCCACUUUCUUCUCUAUCUCUCUACAAUUUCUGGUAUUCGACGUUUUGGUCUUUUUUAAUCAACCCUAAAUCAUAAAGAAAGACGUGGUAUGCUAGUGGAGUAGUGGUAGAUCUCUUGCUUGACAUUCCUGAGACAGAUUGUUUUUUUAGUAGCAUAUGACCGGCUAUGGGUUCAGUCUGUUGUGUAGCUGCUAGGAAUACGACUGUUUCCAACAGAAGUGGAAAUGGAGAAUCUCAUAGGCAAGCCAGAUAUUCUCCUUCUUGGAGUUUUCGAUGGGACAAUUACCGACGUGUGGCAGGUGAAAAUGAGAACCCGUCAUGUCAAUCUGGUGAAAGAACAAACAUAGAUGUUAGAAUAGAAUUGAAAGAUGGAAUAGGGUCAGAGAGAGGUGUUAUUUCAGAUGGUGGUAGCCCUUUGGAUAAUCUUGGUACACCCAUCUCACAAAAGUCACCCUCGUAUGAAGGGGUCAGUACAAACUACUUGUCUCCUUCAGAGACAUCUAUGACCAGCAACCACUUUACAAAGAUGAACUCUAUAGAAGUGCCUGAAAUUGCUGCUGUUCCAGUUGCCCUUCAAUAUUCCAUGCCAUCAUGUUCAUCUUUCUCAACACCAGGUGAGCACUUGUGUUCACAUCGUCAGCUACUUCCUGCCAGUUCAACCCCAUCAAGACGAGCUCGACGUUCACCUGGACAUCAACUCUUUAGGCAGAUUUCAGAUAGUAGAAUCCUGGGCUUGAAAUCCCCAAAUAGCAAUCCUGUCUCAGAAGGAAGACCAUCAUUUGUGCUCUCAACGUUUAGCAAUGAUCUAGCUGGUGGGUCUUCUGAUGGAUGGUCAUUGCGCACAUUUUCUGAACUUGUUGCUUCUUCUCAAAGAGAAAGAUGGUCUUUUGACAGCGAGCGUUUUGGUUCUGGCCGUCACAAGAUAAGUGGAUCAAGCAGCAGGUUCUCUUAUUCCCCUUCCCUUGAUCUUCAAACAUGUGGAGCAUGCUUAAAGGUUUUGGCAGAGCUCUCAGUUGUUGCUGUUCUAGCAUGUGGUCAUGUAUACCAUGCUGAAUGCUUGGAAACCAUGACUACAGAAGCUGAAAAAUAUGACCCUGUUUGCCCAAUUUGCACAGUUGGGCAGAAACAAACUUCUAAAAUGUCUAAAAAAGCUUCAAAAGCAGAGGCAGAUUUGAGAAUGAAAUUUCAGAAAAUAUCAAGGAAUCGCGUAAUAGAUAGCUACCUUGAUGGUGAAGUUGAUAGCUCUGAACGUCAAAAAAUUACAGGGAAAGGGAAGUUACCCAAGAUGGAUGCAAGCAGUAGUUCAAAGAUUGCAUUUGCAAAGCCGUUCUUGAAGCGACAUUUUUCUCUUGGAUCAAAGCUCAGUAAAUCUAGUUCAGACUGCCAGUCCAGUAAGAAGAAAGGGUUUUGGGCAAGAUAUCGCAAAGAUUGACUUCCAUCCAUUAUUAGAUGUAUCCCUAUUAUUGUCAUUCCAUUAAGCUGGUGUUACCCGGAGUUAGUGUUUUGGAAAACAUACUAUCACAUGUCUUAGCCACCAUAAUGUAUCAUAGUAGAUUGGAGGGCAUUGAAAGAAUCUGAACUUUUGCAUGCAUCACAGGAGUUCCUGAUAUCACACGUUCAGAGAAGGUGAUAGGAAUCAGAAAGAUGAUAUGGUACUAGGAAACUAAACUUCCUAGUAUUUUUCUUUUAUAAGCUUUAAUUGUUGGUGUCUGGAUAUCCUCUGCUAACUUCUGAGGACACUAAAUGCUGCAACAGAUCAGCAACUAUAUGCCUCAGUAACAAGAUAGACUAUUAUUGGUUAUAAUUUCUUAGUGCUGUAUAUACCGCAUGUUUUUUUGGCGGUUCCCCUCUAUUAGAGCGAGGUUGAUCAUUGUUAAUGAGGCUCUUCAUGUUGAUUUGGCUGGCUUUGUAGCAUGACUGUUUGGCUACUUGACAAUAGACUUAUCGUGCAGCCAGUUGCUAACAGCAACAUUAACUUGUGUCUGGUAUAUGUGCGAACAUUAUGCAGUGUUGCAUGCACCAAGUUGAAUCAUGUAAUUUAUGAAUA